GAAGUUUUCUCCAAGACGGAGCAGCGGCAGCAGCAGCAGCAGCAGACCGACUCCAACCAACAGCAGCUUCUCUCUCCAACUUCGUCUGAGUCCUGUGACGGAUCCUCCACCCUGAACCUUCACCAACAUGUCUGAUCAAGGUGCCACCCCGAUCCCCACUCUUGCACCCCCCAUUCCCAGCGGCCGGCCUCCCAAGAUGACGAACCGCGGCCGCACCGCCGUUCCCAUCUCCAGCUCCAACUCUGAGACAACGGACAUACCUGAGUUUGAGCCGUUUGGCAUGCCGGGCCCGAGAGGAUUUCCACCCAUGACCGAGUAUCUGGACAUUUGGGACGUUGACAUGAUGAAAAAGCCGGAUGAGAGCAACAGGAUUCAACACCGCACCAUGCUGUUCAACACCGACUAUCUCAUCGUCCGUCGAGGACAAGAGUUCCAGGUCAAGAUCGUGUUCGACCGUCCGUACAAACCUGGCACAGACAUAUUCGCUAUUGAGUUUGCCAUCGGCUCCAGCCCUCAGUACAGCAAGGGCACUUACAUUCCCGUCUUCCUCACCAAGGCGCGUCAAAGCUCCUGGGGAGGCCGCAUCAUAGGCACCGCCGACAACACGGUCACCGUGGGCGUCACUCCCACGGCAGACUGCAUUGUGGGGAAGUACAACAUGUACAUCGCAGUUAAGACGCCCUUCGGAAUCCGAAGGACGAGACAGGACAAAACACGAGACCUCUACGUCCUCUUCAAUCCCUGGGUGUCGGAUGAUGCCGUGUUUCUGGAUGAUGAGAACGAGAGGCAGGAGUGUGUGAUGACUGAGAUGGGGAUCAUCUACCACGGCGCCUACGACGACGUCUCUGAGAGAAACUGGAACUAUGGACAGUUUAACUUUGGGGUCCUGGAUGCCUGUCUGUACAUCAUGGACCGGUCUGAAAUGCUCAUCACCAACAGAGGAGACCCCAUCAGGGUGACCAGAAAGGCUUCUGCUAUGCUGAACUCUCGUGAUGACGACGGCGUGCUGGUGGGCAACUGGAGCGGCGACUACACCUAUGGAGUGGCGCCCACUUCCUGGACCGGCAGCACCGACAUCCUGCUCACCUACGCCAGCAGCAAGAUGCCCGUCUGCUACGCUCAGUGCUGGGUCUACGCCGCCGUCUUCAACACCUUCCUGCGCUGCCUGGGCAUCCCAUCGCGGGUUGUCACCAACUACUUCUCCGCUCACGACAACGAUGGAAACCUGAAGACCGACAUCAUCCUGGAUGAGAACGGCAGGAUCGACCGCGGUCGCACCAAAGACUCCAUCUGGAACUAUCACUGCUGGAAUGAGUGCUACAUGUCCAGACCAGACCUCCCUACUGGCUUUGGAGGCUGGCAGGUUGUGGAUGCAACACCACAGGAGACCAGCGAUGGCAUGUACAGAUGUGGUCCUGCAUCAGUCAAGGCCAUCAAACAUGGGCAGAUAUGUUUCCCAUUUGAUGCUCCCUUUGUGUUUGCUGAGGUCAACAGCGAUGUGGUGUUUUACACCCGGAGUAAAGACGGGGCCCUUGAGCCCGUCAAGGUGAACCGGACUCAUGUAGGCCGCAUGGUUGUGACCAAGACUCCAGGAGACGUGACCCGUCGGGACAUCACCGAUCAAUACAAGUUUCCUGAAGGCAGCGCAGAGGAGCGGGCAAUCCUUGAAAAGGCAGAGGAGUACGGCUGUCAGCGAGAGAAGGCCGAGCCCUCUGAGGCUGACGUGGACCUGGUCCUGCCGACCCUGGACGUCCAACUGGGCGACGACUUCGAGCUGAGCCUGGAGUUCAUAAACCGCAGCAACCAGCACCGCACUGUGGACACCCACAUCAGCGUGAACGUGGUGUUUUACACCGGAGUCACCAGCUCCGAGUUCCUGCUCAGAAAUCCCACAGUGACGAUUGGCCCCAACAAAACUGUGAAGGAGUUGGUGCAGGUCGAGUCAAAGAGCUACUUGAAGAAUCUUGUGGAGCAGGGCAACCUCCACGUCAGCGUGACUGGGAAGGUUGAGGAGACCGGCCAGAUCGUCACCGCCAUGAAAGUCUACGCCCUGCACAAUCCCAAACUCACCGUCACGGUGUCCGACGGUGGCAAAGUGAAUGAAGAGAUGACGGCGACUGUGGAGUUUACAAACCCCUUCACCUUCGGCCUGGAGGGCGUCAGCAUUCGCAUGGAAGGAUCCGGGCUCAUGCUGCCCAAGUCCAAAUAUUACAGUCUGAUCCCAGCAAGAUCCUCUCUGGUCUGGACCGAGUUUUUCAUCCCGCAGAGGGUUGGCAGCAGCAGGGUGAUCGUUACUCUGGACUGUGCUGCUCUCAGGCAGGUCUCCGGCCAGGCGUCUGUCACCAUCUCGCGCUGAGCAUCACCGUAGGAUCCCUGACGCCAGACAACAUCCAACUCACGUACAAAACAUGAACCUAUAACAUAGUAACCUAACUGUAUGUUAAAAACAAGCAUAACAGGUGUAGCUUCAGCAUUUAUGAUGAAGAAUGGGGAUAACUUAAGUCAUAAGAAAAAUCAUCAUCUACUAAUCUAAUCAUCAUCUACAAAAUACAGACAAUUUUAGUAGUGCAAGCAUAUCGAAUAUUUUGACAAUUAAAGGAACAGUGUGUAGCAUUUAGGGGAAUCUAUUGGCAGAAAUUAAAUAUAAUAUUACCUUAGAAUGAGCCAUUUCUUUUCUACAUACAGAGUGAGUCCUCUUCACAGAGCUGGCCUCCAUUUUUCUACAGAAGCCCAGAACAAACUAACCAAACACUAGCUCUAGAUAGGGCCAUUCAUGAUUUCAGGGUUUUUCAUGUUGCAAGUUUAAGUUGGUUACAAUCUGCAACCUCACAGCCAGAUGCCACCAAAUACUACAAAGAAUCAAUCCAGAAGCAAUGUUAGUUGUAGAUGUUCUUUUUAUUUGUGGUUCAAAAAAAAUAAAUUUUCUUCGAAAAAUGUAUGAUUUCUACCAAAGUUACUUUUUUUUGUUUAUUCAUUUAAACUCAAAAGUACACCAGUAUAAAGUGGCUGUCUUUGAUAUCACUCCCUGAUUUAAUCAUUCAAUACUCCUGAUAAGGACAAUAAAGACCCUCCAUAUUUUACUCUGUAUUGAGCGGUAAACAGAGAUUUUUGACAAUAAUAAAUCAUUGUUCCGUUUUUGAACCUCUGACGGCAAUAUGUAGUGAAGAAAUGUCCCACUCUGAAUUCAAACACUCAAAUGAAAAGGCCGUAAGUAAAUGCAUGACACUCUGGAGAAUAUAGUGAGGGAUAGACACAGCCUGUGUUUUCUUUUGGGGUUUUUUAAAUUCAAUUUUUGGCCAUUAGGGGCAGGAUUACACCAAAAUACACUGAGAGAUAUUUUUGUGGAUAUGGGACAUGAGCAACCCAUGUAAUGCUUUGUUUCAUUUAAUAAACACAAUAUGGAUUUAUGCAGCUUCAACUUAAUUUUCAACAUGUACUCCCACUAUGCAACUAUUACAGUUUUACUGAUCUCUUUCCACCUUUUUAUAUAUUAAGCUAUAAAUUCAUUUUCCUUGUACAACAACAAAUGCAAGUAUCAACCAAAUAAAAGAUUAACAAAUG